UACUCUCAGCUAGAUCAAAACGGGACCCCCACAUAGACAGAUAGGGGCAGGGGGAUUUAAAGAGACCAUUCAGUUUUAAAGGCUGCCCACUUACAGCCUCUUGACAUUGGCACAUUAGAAGUGACACAAAUGUUAAUGGGGUUCAAAUUACUUAUUUAUUUUGAAUCUUUAGACAUGCAAAGUUCUGUGGAAUAAACUGAAAUGAUGUACCCCCACCCCCACCCCCCCACCCCCUUGAAGGCUAUUGUUGCACAGGUAAACUAAGUGACUACAAAUUGCAUGAUAGGGGUACAGUUCUCUACAGUAUUGUUCCGCUUCAUAACAAUAAAAAUAGGCCCUCUGCUGUUUUUGAUUUCCUAUUUGCAUGCACUGUUAUACAAAUACUCAGGUACUGUACAUAUGAACUUGGUUCCUAUUCAUUUUCAGGGGAAUCUGUUAAACAGAAGUAGGGCUGCAGUCGUUCCCAAGGCACAGUGCAGAUGUUAGGAUUGUCUGUGCAAUGUUCUAAUGGCUACAGAAACCAGGACACUUGAUUUUAUUCUCAUAUCUGAGCAUUGUGUUUCACAGGCAUCAUGCAUGAGAGCCGGGGAUGUGGCUGGUGAGCUCCUGUGCUGGAACAGUUAGUCGGCGAGUAGGCUGGUGAGAUGGAGAGUGCCCUGAGUGGGAGUGUGGACUCCAGGGCUUCCCUUCGCACUGUCAGCUCCAUUAACGCAGUGCAGCUCGCAGCCAGACUCGAGUCCUACGAAUCCGGGGAAAAGAAAUCCAUAUCUGAUGUCAGACGGACUUUUUGCCUAUUUGUUACCUUUGAUCUUCUGUUCAUUACCUUCCUGUGGAUCAUUGAACUGAACGUAGACGGAGGCAUUGAAAGACAGUUAAGCAAGGAAGUUCUUUAUUAUGAUUACCACUCCUCCUUCUUUGACAUAUUUGUCCUAGCAGUUUUUCGAUUUACUCUACUGAUACUUGCUUAUGCAGUGUGCAGGUUGAGACAUUGGUGGGCUAUAGCGAUAACAACAGCAGUUACCAGUGCUUUUUUAAUAGUUAAAGUCAUCAUCUCAAAGCUGCUUACCCAAGGGGCUUUUGGCUACCUGCUGCCUAUUGUGUCCUUCGUACUAGCAUGGAUAGAGACCUGGUUUUUGGACUUCAAAGUAUUGCCACAGGAGAUGGAGGAUGAAAAUAGGUUCCUGUCGGUUCCGGAUGCCUCAGAGAGGGCGGUGCUCAUUCACCCAGGCCCUCUGUCUGAUGGACAGUUCUACUCGCCUCCAGAGUCUGUAGCAGUGUUAACUCGAAGAACAAUGUGUGGUGCCUCAAGAGACCAUUACAACCUUAAUCUGCUCUGUGAUCCAGUCACCAGUCGCACUGAAACUUUUCUUUACUGAACAAAAUGGAACUGAUGUGGAUGUUGACUCAAUGAGCAGAAGCUACAAGAGCCGUCUUUUGCCUUAGAACUGCUAACAGCACUACUAGUCCUGUCCAUUUUCACUGUACUAACUCUCAAUGCAAUCAGUUGGUUCAGAUAUCAUGAUCUGAAUGUUCAGCAGAUCUACAGCUAACUUAAACCACUAAUUGUAAAUAGUUAUUUGUUGAGAAAUCUUGUACCAUUCAUAGUAAAUCGCUGUGCUCGGUACAGUUUAUAAUAAAGAAGUGGUUUCCUCUUAAUUCGUUUUUAUCAAGGUUCCAACACAGUCGUGAGCAUUGUGAUUAAUUUUUCUUUUAUCCAAGUGGGUAUAUUUUACUUUUAGGGAAGAUUUGAUUUAAUGAACAGCAACAAAACUGAAUGCCUAUUAUACAAACACAUGUUCCGGCUUGUAUUUUAACUUUAAUUAAUUAAUGCUAGUGACGGUAACAUACACUGAAGUUCCAAUAUGUAAUUUGAAUUGAAAUGAGUAGCUGGAUAACACAACUUGCUGUUAAUUUAAAUACAGCAAAAACUCUGCUUUUAGAAAUUGAGCCUUCUAUGUAGUACUAUUUAUGUGCAAUUGAUACUCUUUUC